AUGGCGCACAUCAAGCUAGAAGCCGCCCUUGAGACAGCCAACAAGUGGAACAUCACCAGCGUGCCACUGCUGCGCUGGCAGAGCAAGCUCAAGGGUGCCACACAGGAGUGCAACCACACUUUGCGCCGGUGCAGGCAGCGAUUACAAGAAGAGGAAGAAGUGCAGCAAGCGCUGUUCAUACCGUACUUGAGCUCAACAGCCGAGAAUGUGAAGACAAAGCUGACCCAGAUGCCAACGCAAGACUUGUGUUGGGUGUUCGAUGCUUAUUCAGUUUAUGGCUGUGAUGAACAACAGAAUAGACUUCGCACCAUGUGUUCUAAAUGGUUUCGACCAAACCCAUUUUGUUGUCAACAACAAGACCAUCCCCAUGCACAGAGCUCCUCUUCAAAAUCAUUGCCAUGUGAUAUAUACUUGGAACCAGUUUUCCAAGUGUAUUUGCUAGGACAUAUUGCACUGUCAGUUGGGAACAAUAGGCAGAGCGCAGUCAUCGAUGGCGAAAGCCAAACAAGGCCCACGAGAGACUUUCCAUAUCUGAAACUUGGAGCACACUUCUGGCCUCAUGCCUCUUUUGAAGAUUUGUCACCUACUGUCGGAGGUUCAGUGUCAGAGAUAAUCAACGAUGAAGCCAAACAAUCUGGCUUGUAUGCAAACAUUUCCUUUGAACAGCUGGGCGAGAUCACGAUGCCAAAAGCAGUAGAUUGCCUUAGUAGGAAUGUGGAGGCUACCUCAUAUCAGAUGUUGUGGAAGUCCAAGUAUGGAAGCGCAUACCUUCGGGUCGAGAAGACCUCAUGGAGAGCAACUACUAGGAAGGACAGAGUUGGAAAACGCCGUAAGCAACGGCAGGACAAGAAGGUUCCAGUUCAGGGAUGGACCGCUGCUAACAGUGAGUUCAAUAUCUCGUGGAUUGCCCACACGCCUGCCCAGUUGCAGGGCUCGAUCGUCGACUAUUGGAUUCAGAAACAAAAGCCAUCCGCACUACCGUUGUUAUUUAAAAAUAAUGCCUGCGUCCAUGAUCGUCCAAUCACGAUGUUGUCUUUGCAAGAUCACAGUUAUUUGGCAAGGAAGCUCAAGAUGUCCAGCAUGUGA